UACAAAUUUUAUUUAUUAUUAUGUACUACCCAUCAUUUGAAGUGAAGUGCAAUUUUUUGUGGCCAAGGAAACCUCUUUGAGAAGAGGUCAAUAAAAAUAAUUUGCCUGUCUUUUUUUUUUUUUGGUCUUAUCUAAUGCCAAUUGUUUGUUUUCUACAAACAUAAAUCAAAGUACUUAAAUUGUAACAGAGAGCGAGAGGAAGGAGUUAACCAAAAUAAAAACUAUCUUUUUUGGCAGAAGACAUAAAAGCAGACGCAGAACAAGAAGCUUCAGCUAAGUAUCAACAUCAAAAUGAAUGCAUCAGGGGUCAUGCAUCUGUGCCUCCUGUUGGCCAUUCUUAUGAUGGAUGCGGUGGCGCCUUCAUCACUCUAUACCAGCUAUCAGAACCAACGUUUCGCCAUGGAACCACAGGAUCAGACAGCUGUGGUCGGGGCACGCGUUACUUUACCCUGUCGUGUCAUCAAUAAACAGGGCACACUGCAAUGGACCAAAGAUGACUUUGGUUUGGGCACAUCGCGCGAUUUGAGCGGCUUUGAGCGCUAUGCGAUGGUCGGCAGCGAUGAGGAGGGCGACUACUCAUUGGAAAUCUAUCCCGUAAUGCUGGACGAUGAUGCCAAAUACCAAUGUCAAGUGAGUCCAGGACCAGAGGGUCAACCGGCCGUAAGAUCGACAUUUGCUGGCCUCACAGUGCUUGUACCGCCAGAGGCACCGAAAAUUACCCAAGGUGAUGUUAUCUAUGCCACCGAGGAUCGUAAAGUGGAGAUUGAGUGUGUGUCUGUGGGUGGCAAGCCCCCAGCAGAGAUUACCUGGAUUGAUGGCUUGGGCAAUGUUUUAACGGAAAACAUCGAGAAUACGGUUAUACCGUUGCCCGAUCUACGUCGAUAUACGGCUAAAUCGUUGCUGCGACUUACACCAAAAAAGGAGCACCACAACACGAAUUUCACAUGCCAGGCUCAGAAUACAGCUGACCGCACCUAUCGCUCAGCCAAAAUACGUGUCGAGGUUAAAUAUGCGCCCAAAGUCAAAGUAAAUGUAAUUGGCAGUAGUCUAAAACCUUUUGGCCCACUUGUUGAAUCGCAACCCGGUGUCAUUCCACGCAUUGUCGAGCAUGCACAGGUGCGACUCGAAUGCCGGGCCGAUGCCAAUCCCAGCGAUGUACGCUAUCGUUGGUACAUCAACGACGAACCAAUUGCUGGCGGUCAAAAAUCUGAGAUGGUCAUACGCAACGUGACGCGAAAAUUCCAUGAUGCAAUUGUCAAAUGUGAGGUGCAAAAUAGUGUGGGCAAGAGUGAAGAUAGCGAGACUCUGGAUAUCAACUAUGCUCCUAGUUUCAAGCAACGUCCACAAUCAUUGGAAGCUGAUUUUGGAACUAUUGUUACACUUAAUGUCGAAAUUGAUAGCAAUGUUCAGGCCGAUAUCGUUUGGAUUCAUCAUCCAGGCAAUCGAGUGGUCGGCACAAGCUCGAAUCUUACAUUCAGUGUGAGUAAUGAGACAACCGGUCGCUAUUAUUGCAAAGUGAAUGUACCCGGCUGGUCGGAAAUAUCUACGGACGCCUAUGUCUAUAUGAAGGGCUCACCGUCAAUUAGUUCGGCGCGUACCCAAUAUGGUUUAGUGGGCGACACAGUGCGUAUUGAUUGCUCGGCAAGCAGUGUGCCGCGAGCACGACAUGUUUCAUGGACAUUUAAUGGACAGGAGAUAAGCUCAGAGUCCGGACAUGACUAUUCCAUACUUGUUGAUGCGGUGCCAGGCGGUGUGCGUAGCACUUUGAUCAUACGCAAUAGUCAGGCGUAUCACUAUGGCAAAUACAAUUGCACAGUGGUCAAUGAUUAUGGUAAUGAUGUGGCUGAAAUACAAUUGCAGGCAAAAAAGAGCGUCUCAUUGCUAAUGACUGUUGUGGGUGGCAUUUCGGCUGUGGCCAUUCUAUUGGUCAUCAUCAUUCUCAUUGUUAUCUAUUUCAAGUGCAAGAAGCGCACCAAAUUACCGCCAGCUGAUGUGAUUAGUGAACAUCAGAUAACAAAAAACGGCGGUGUUAGCUGCAAACUUGAACCCGGUGAUCGUACUUCAAAUUAUAGUGAUCUCAAGGUGGAUAUAUCUGGCGGUUAUGUACCAUAUGGCGAUUACAGCACACAUUAUAGCCCACCCCCUCAAUAUUUGACCACAUGUUCAACAAAAUCGAAUGGCAGCUCCACAAUACUUCAGAACAAUCAUCAAAAUCAAUUGCAACUCCAACAGCAGCAGCAACAGCAGCAACAACAACAGAAUUCACAUCAGCCAACCGUUGUGCAGAGUGUGCCAAUGACUUUUCUCACAAAUAGCAGUGGUGGCAGUUUAACUGGCAGUAUUAUUGGGUCACGGGAGAUACGACAGGAGAACGGUCUGCCAAGUCUUCAGUCGACAACAGCCUCGGUGGUAAGUUCCUCACCCAAUGGCAGUUGCAGUAACCAGAGCACGGCCACCACAACCCAUCAUGUGGUGGUGCCCAGCUCAAUGGCAUUGAGUGUCGAUCCGCGUUAUAGUGCCAUCUAUGGUAAUCCCUAUUUGCGUACAUCAAACUCUUCGCUACUGCCACCGCCCACGGCAGUCUAAACCAUCGAAAAAGAGAGAAAAAAUCGACGCAAAAAGAAGACUGAUCUCAAUUGAUCGCAUUUUCAUAUACUUUCUUCUGAGAAAGAUACAUAGUUGCGGGGAAAAUAUGACAAACAUAGGUAUAUAAUGUUUUCCCCUUGGGUGGGUCGUGAAAUAAUUGAAUUAGAGAGAGAGCUACCAAAAAUUUGCCACACAAACAUGUCUGAAAUAAGAAAACAAAAAAAUAUAGCAUAUUUAGUAGGGCAUCCAUUAAAUGCAAACUAGAAUACCAAUUAUAUUUACAAAUUAUUAAAUUUACGCAUUUGGUUUAAAUGAAAACAAAAAACAGAGUCAAAAUAUUUGCAAACCUUUAGCUAAUAGUUAAACUAUUUUUUUUUUGUCAAACUAGAACUAAGAUUGCUUCUUGUUAAGAAAACGCCUUAAAAACAAAGGAAAUAUGAAAAAAAGAAAAAACAAUUAGACAUUAUUUGGUGGGCAGCGGGGGUGUGGUCGUUUUUUGCUCGUCGUGUUUCGGCAAAGAUUGUGAAACAAACUUCAAACUUCUCCAUCUUUCUCUCUCUCUCCUUCUCUCUGUCUCUCUAGCUGAAGUUCAAAUAAAUCCAGCCCCCGCUAAAACACAAUUCAAAGAAAGAAAAAAAGCAAAAAAAAAAAAAAAAUCUAUUUAAAUGAUUUAGCUUAAGAAGACAAAAAAUGUAUGCCAAAGUACCUGAUAGUAUUUAAGUUGAGAAUCUCCCUAAAACAUAACUACUAUAAAACCAUAGAUAUCGAGUGUGUAUGUGUGUGUGUGUUUUGUUUUUUUUUUUCUCUCUUGCCUAGUCGCUUAAGUAUCGAAUCCAAUUGUAGUAUUAAGUUUAGACGUAUUUUAAUCUACAUUAAAUAUAAGUAGUCCGCCUUAACUUAUGACACGCCCAUAUACAUAAAUACCUACAAAUUUC